GACCCCGCCGUCCCGCCGCGGGGAGAGCGCUGCAGACCCGGCCCUGGAGCGUAGGCUCUUGGGGAGGCACGGACUUUGAUGCAGACAUGGCCAAGUCCAAGAACCACACCAUGCACAACCAGUCACAAAAAUGGCACAGAAAUGGCAUCAAGAAACCCCGGUCACAAAGAUAUGAAUCUCUUAAGGGGUUAGACCCCAAGUUCCUGAGGGACAUGCGCUUUGCCAAGAAGCACAACAAGAAGGGCCUGAAGAAGAUGCAGGCCAGCCAUGCCAAGGCCAUGACUGUACGUGCCGAGGCUAUCGAGGCCCUUGUCAAGCCCAAGGAAGUCAAGCCCAAGAUCCCAAAGGGCGGCAGCCACAAGCUCAAUCGACUUGCCUACAUAGCUCAUCCCAAGCUCGGGAAACGUGCUCGAGCCCGCAUUGCCAAAGGUCUCAGGCUCUGCCGGCCAAAGUCCAAGGCCAAGGCUCAAACCAAGGCCCAGGCUGCAGCUGUGGCCCUGGCUCUGGCUCCUGCUUCUACUCCUGCAGCGCAGGCCCCCAAAGGUGCCCAGGCCCCCACAAAGGCUCCAGUGUAGAGUCUUCUGCCUGCCAGUGUGAGGACGCAAGGACUGGUAUGACCCCUGGGCUUCUGUCUACAUGGGCCUGGUGUCCUCUUGUGCUAUUUGUACAAAUAAACCUGCGGCAGGAUCUGUCCAAAAAAAAUUUUUUUUUCAGACUUAAAGGAUACAUACUAAAAUGUUAAUAAUUAUCUCUGAAUGAUGGUAUUAAGAUGGAAAUUUUCACUUUCUCUAGAUUGUUGUAGUCCUGUAUUAUCAGAAAGAUAAAGACAUUUAAAUACAGCAUGGAGGUUAAUAACAGUUACUAAUAAAAUAGUGACUGGGAAUAAUUCUUUGAGAAACAAAAGGUACUGCUAGCAGGUCUAUGGGGAAGAUUUGGUACAUUUUCAGAAAGAACUGCCAUACACAAAACCCCAAGGAUUUCCCCAUUUAACCUGGACCAGGGUGAGCUGUCUUGUGGGUGAAGAAAAUGGAAAGUUUCAAGAGCCCUGACUUUUCUAAAGCGAUUAAAAGCAUGUGCAUUGUAUUGUUGGUCUCUAACUAUCAUUAAUUAGUAAUUUUAUAUUUGGAGAAGCCCAGGAUAUCUUAAAAGGCAAGUUGAAAAAUCACAAUGGUAAAUAACAGCACACUAAAGCAGUGUUUUCCAAAUAGUAAGCUAUAAUCCAUUAAUGAAUCAUCCAAAUAAUUUAGUAUAUUAUGAUCAACUUGAUAGAAUAUAAUAGAUUCAAUAAAAUAGAGAACUGUGUAUCCUGGGUCUGGAUGAAAAAUUUCUUUAUGGGGGUACCUGGAUGGCUCAGUUGGUUGAGCAUCUGACUCUUAGUUUUAGCUCAGGUCAUGACCUCAGGGUCAUGAGAUAAAGCCCUGCAUCAGUCUCCACACUAGGUAGGGAGUCUGCUUGAGAUUCUCUCUCCCUCUGUUCCUCCCUCCCUCUCUCUCUCUCAAAUAAAUAAUCUUUAAAAAAUUUCUUUCUUUAUGUGGCUGUGGCCAACACAUUUGAAUGUUACUGCAUUAUAUACUCAAAAAUAUAUUCUUGGGGUGCCUGGGUGACUUAUUUGGUUAAGGAUCUAGCUCUUGGUUUCAGCUCAGGUCAUGAUUAGGGUUCUGGGAUUAAGCCCUGUGUCAGGUUCCCCACUCAGUAGGGAGUCUGCUUGAGGAUUCUUUCCCUCUUCUUCUGCCCCUCCCCCUGCUUACACUCUUUCUCUAAAAAAAUUAAUCUUUAAAAAAAUAUAUAUAUUCUUAUGCAAGAUAGAGUUAGAAGAGACCUUAUUUGAUAAUUUAAGGUUAAAGUUCUCAAUGUUAUACCGUUUUAAAAGUUUUUUAUUUAACUAAUCUCUACCCCCAACAUUGGGCUUGAACUCUUAACCCUGAGAUCAAGAGUCACAUGCUCUUCUGACUGAGCCAGCCAGGUGCUCCUCAACAUCAUAUCUUCUGAUAUUUCAACUUAAUUCUGCAUUCUUAAUUUCUCAUGCAUUUGGAAAUUACUUUUUAGUAUUGGCAGUAUUAUUAAUUUAAAUAAUAAUAUAAAAGAAUUAAGGUAUCACAUCCUGUUUUUUAAGGAUUUUUAAAAAAAGAUUUUAUUUAUUUAUUCAUGAGAGACACAGAGAGAGAGGCAGAGAUGUAGGCAGAAGGAGAAGUAGACUCUGCUGAGCAGGGAGCCCAAUGUGGGACUCGAACCCUGGACCCCAGGGAUCACGCCCUGAGCCAAAGGAAGAUGCUCAACCACUGAGUCACCCAGGCACCCCUUCUUGAAGGAAUUUACAAUUUAAAAUAUGCCUCCUCAUAUUUCCCGGUUACAAGAAUUCUGUAGAGAAUUUCAUGCUAUUUUUGCCUUAAUCCAACUAAGAUUAUAAUAGUAUGUCACAAUAUUGUUUUUUUUUUGUAUGUCACAAUAUUGUUAAUUAACGUUUUGCUUUAUACCAUUUUGAAUUUUAAAAUAACAGUGCCAUCUGGUGGUUCUUCUGAACAUGUUUAUAUUUCUCUUGGGGAUAUAUCAAAAAGUGAAUUGCUCUUUUGCAUGUGGAUAUCCAGUAGGUGGCAAUUUUAACUUUUUGAGGAGCUGCAAAACUGUUUCCCAAAGUGGCUAUGCCUUUUUACAUUCCCAACAAUGAAUGAGGGUUCCAAUUUCUCCACAUCCUGGCUAACUUAUUUUCCAUAUUUUCUAUUAUAACUAUUCUAGUAUGCAUAAAGUGGAAUCUCAUUGUAGUUUUGAUUUGCAGCUCCCUAGUAACUAAUGCUUUGGGCAUCUUUUCAUGUGCUUGCUGACCACUUGCAUAUAUUCUUUGGAAAAAUAUCUAUCCAGAUCCUUUGUUCAUUUUUGUUUUUUAAAUAUUUUAUUUAUUUUUUUAGCGUGAGCUAGAGAGAGGGGACAUGUGUGCAUCAGCAGGAAGAGGGGCAGAGGCAAAGGGAUAGAAUCCCCAGCAGACUCUGAGCUUGCCUGAAGAGCCCUACCUAGGGCUCCAUCUCAUCACCUUGAGAUCAUGACCUGAGCCAAAAUCAUAAGUCAGAUACUUAACCAACCAAGCCACCCAGGAGCCCGUGUUCACUUUUUUGUCGGGUUGUUCACCUUUUUGUUGGUGAGUUGUAAGAAUUCUCUGUAUAUUCUGGAUACCAGACCUUAUUGGAUAUAUGUUUGUAUUUUAUCCCAUUAUGUAGGUUGUCUUUUCUUUUUUAAAAGGAUUUAUUUGCUUAUUCAUGAGAGACACAGAGAGAGAGGCAGAGACAUAGGCAAAGGGACAAGCAGGCUCCCAGCAGGGAGCCUGAUGGGAGACUCAAACCCCCAUCCUGGGGUCACACCUGGAGCUGAAGGCAGAUGCUCAACCACUGAGACCCCCAGGAGUCCCUGUGGGUUGUUUUCACUUUCUUAAGUGCAAGGUAAGUUUUGCAUUGAAUGGUCCCUAUCAACACUCUUCUUGAAACACCUAAUAUCUACAACAGUCUGAAUAACACAUUGGCGUUUCCUCAUUCCUCCCACACAGGCAGACCUCCUCUUUUUUGUCAUGCUGUGUCUCCAGUGACCAGCAUGAACUAGGUGCUACCACUUGUUGAAUAAACAAAUUCUGUAGUUUCUAAGGACAAUAUCAAAGAUGGCCAAUUCAAAUGCCUAUAGGAAGCUGGCAAUACACAUGAAUAAACAGAACCAUUUAGGGAUUGCAGUAAGCGGAGGAAUACGAACCCUAUUUCCAAACUAGUUUAACUAGUCCUCAUUUAACAACCUCAUCAUCCUGUUCUACCCUCCCAAAAUACACUUUCUCGGGAGGCCUGGGUGGCUCAGCGGUGGAGCAUCUGCCUUUGGCUCGAGGCGUGAUCCCAGGAUCCGGAACCGAGUCCCACAUCGGGCUCCUUGCGGGGAGCUUGCUUCUCUUAUGCCUGCGUCUCUGCCUAUGUCUGUCAUGAAUAAAUAAAAUGUCAAAAAAAAAAAUACA